CGCUCAGCGGAUUACUCGAGUCAAUAACUGGAUUUAAAAUUCCACUUUUGUCAUCACCCAAACCCGGUGUUAUCAAUAAAUUGAAUACAAAUGGACAGAACGAGACUGGGAUACGCCUCGGCGUUAGCUGUGGGCAUAGGCACAGCCGUCUUCUUCGCUUGGUGGUGGCUGUCCAGAAAUAAGAGGGAACGACCACCCACCAAGUGGCGAAAAGUCGGGGAACUCAGUGAUAUGUUUGUGUUUCCCGUCAAAUCACUCGGUGCUGUGAAGGAAAAUGCUAUGGAGUGCACGCAAUUGGGGUUGAAGUCGGGGUGGCUGAGGGAUAGAAUUCUUAUGGUCAUUGAUCUGGAUGGGAGAUUUGUUACUGGAAGACAAAUGCCUAAUAUGGUUCAGAUAACACCAAGUGUAGCCGGUUCCGUACUAACAUUACGAGCCCCAGGAAUGAUGACAAUUAGUGUCGAUCUGUCGAACGUAGGAAAAAGCUUCCGAGCAGCUGUCUGGGGUCAACCGGUACCGGCGUGUGAUUGCGGUGAGGAGAUAGCCCGAUGGCUGUCCCGAUUUCUUCUUCAGGAGGACACUGGCCUCAGACUCGUCUAUUACCCACUUGAUGGACCGUAUCGGGACGUUAGGAUGUGCAAUCAAGGAUUCCCGUUGCUGGAAAAUGCGGACUCUGGGGCAUAUCCGGACGCUACGAGCUAUACGAUGAUGAACGAGGCUUCGAUAGCGGAUUUAAAUACGAGAAUUGAGGACUCGGUGACGCCUCAGCAGUUUCGGCCUAAUUUUGUGGUCAAGGGGGCUGAGCCUCUUGAAGAGGACACCUGGGACUGGGUGAAAAUUGGCUCUGUGAUUUUUAGAAAUGUUAAGCCUUGCACCAGAUGCAUCUUCACGACUAUUGAUCCUGAUACUGGGACCAAAGAUCCGAAUACUGAGCCUUUGAAGACUUUGAGAAAAUACCGACAAAUACAGGACCCCGUCCUGAGGCAAUUCACUAAAGACAAUCCAGUAAUGGGAAUCCACUUGGGCCUCAAGGGGCCCAACGGGGUCGUGAGACUCGGAGAUCCCGUCUACGUCAGUGUCUGCGAAGAGGAGCCGAAAAAACCCCUGAAAUCGCCCACAUAGCUGAGGAGAUGGGACUCGUGCGACUGCAUUGGUCCCCCGUUUUCAGUAGCCGAUGAUAAUGGAUCUGAUACUUAAAUUGUGAAUACGAAAGCCAAAUUUUCUACAAUUUUACAAGCGCGAAAUUUUUCAUGAAUUUGUAUUUGUAUUUUCGUAACAUAUUUUUGUAAGGCCUAAUGUAUACCGUCAGUCGGUAGAAGCGAAAAAUAUAUGAGUUAUUUUUAAGAGAAUCUA